UAGACUAUGGUUUUAAGUUUAGACGAAAACGGACUAAUCUAACCUCCAAACGCAAAAGAGCAAACUUGGAAAAUGAGUGGACCAGCGGAUUGGGAAAGAAGAUUACUAACCAUUCGGGCAAACAUCGCAACGGGAAACAUUGAAAAACUAUUUGGAGAAGAAUAUAUCGUCAUUGACCUCUUGAAAGUGUUAUAUGAAGACUUGUUAGAUGUGUCAUCCAAGGUAGAACUGCUUGUUUUACUAGAGAGCUAUGGUGGUUAUGGAGGGAUACAGUCAAGCAGUGUUGAUCAGAUCAUUGCUUCCUUGCUGGAUGUAUUCCACCAGUACAAUGGCAGGAUGGAUAGUCAGUCCUUGUUUCUGGAGCAGCUUCUCAUGACAAUUACUACUUUGCUUGUCCAGUAUGAUCAGCUGGAUGGCAACAUCUUCAAACAGUCCUGUGAGGCUAUUGUUAAUGUUGCCACAUCACCAAGCAACGUUUCUGACACCAAGAGACUUCGAUCAUGUGCCUGUCAAUGCCUUAUACAGUUUGAGGAGUGGAUGCCGGGUUGUUUGUUGAAAGAAAAAGAAACCUUUCGAAGGAUUAUGAAAGUGGAGCGAUCAGAUGUGUACCAGGAUUACCUGCUGUUAGUUGUCAAUCUGGUGGAACAUGCGAUAUGUUCCAAUGGUAAUGACUCGCCUAGCUCAAGUGGUGCUAAUGGAAAUAAAUUGGAUCGGCAGUUUUCUUCUGACCCCCAAGAGAUGCGCCAAAUGGUAUCCAUGGUGAUGGAAAAUGUAGCAGUGCUUACUCCAAGCGGACUGUGGCAUGUCGUCUUGUCAUUGGUCAACUUCAUCCACCAUUUACCAGAGAUGUCUGCUAUGAUAUUCAAGCCGCUGAUGCUGCAUCACAUGGCUACCAUGGAUAUUUCUACGUUACAUCUUGUCCUAUAUCUACAGAGAGAAUUUGAGAAGGAGGUGUUGACAGAGGGGGAAGAAAAACAGCUGAUUCAAAGACUUCUGACAUCUAUCAAUCAUCCAUCAUUAAGUGCUGCCCACAGACUUUUUGUGUGUCAUUGGACUAGACACCAUUCCCUGUCAUGUGACGAAGGUACUUAUCUGUUACCCACGGCAAUGGCAGAUAAGUACAGGCUGUGCUUCUUCCCAAGCGUGUUUGAUCCACCAGACUGCCAACUUGCCAAGCUCUGUCUUUUUAACCUGUGUUUCUCUCCUUUACCGGAGGAGCCCAGUGGUGUGGCUGCAGCAUUGUUGCUAGGGAGUCUGGGAUACCUUCACAAGUUGGUGUGGCAUACAGGAAGUGACCGAGUAGCUGUGAUUCUGUUUCGUGCUCUGUUCCACAUGUACCAGCGACACUGUAGUAAAUCCUUCUCUCAGGAUAUCAAUCGGUUUCUCCGAGGCCUCGUCUCUGGAUUUCCCUACUUCAUACCACAUGCUUUGGACUUCAUUGAGUGUUUGAGAAACACCACACCCGACAGCCCUGUGUACACAGAAAUACUGAGUUUACUUCACCACCAGAUUGUAACAACACCCGAGGACCAGGCAGCAGCCUACUUCUAUUUUUAUCUCCAGGUCAUGAAAAGUGCUUCUCUACACACUGAAAUUGAUUCCAAGUCUACUGUGAAAUUUCUGAGCUACUUGGCGAACCAUUCCCUCAUGAUAGAUGAUGGCAGUUGGUUACUAGGGAACGGGAUCUUGUCAGUCAUUCAAAAUUUACUCAUAUGUCAUGGCACAGAGGACCUGUACCUUGCUGUAGGUGACUUGCUGUUCUACAUGAUGACAUUUUACCGAGAUAUGGAUGUUCGUGACAAAUCCUUGUUCCUGUAUGCCCUGCUCACCUCCUCUACUGAUGAAAAGAUCAGAGGACUCUUACAAACCAUGUCCAGUGCUCAAAGUGUCCAUGAAGCCUUGUCAACAAUACUUCCUGGUGCAUUAGAUAAAAACAAAGGCCAGAUAAUUGUAUUGGAUACACCAAUCUUCUCACUGGACAGGAAAGAUAUCAAAGCUGAAGUAGACAAAACAACACUAACAGAGGAGAAGUCAGAGGCAGGUGAUGCUCUGGAAGAUUACCGACAGAGAUUACAGAGAUGUUCCACGUUACUCACAGCCUCUUACAGCUUGUCCCUGACAAAGGACAAACUUGAGGAAGUAUUUGCUGUAACUGUCCACAUAGAUACAGAGGAUACACUGGACAAAGUCAAAGACUUACACAUUUCCAGAUUAGAAAAGAAAGAUUGUCACCUUGUGACAUUCACUAUAUCACCAAGAAAACCACUGCCAUGCUGUUGCCCUGUUUGGAUUGAGUUUCUGGAAGGGAAGCAGACAUACAAAUGUCAGACUGAUGCUGUGACCUUGACAUUGGAGGAUUUCAUGCUGCCACUACAGACUGACCUGUCUGGGGGCGGGGCAAAUGACCUGUUUGACCUUAUAUGGCAGUGGUGUACAAAUAACAAGGACCAUGAUGAUGGCAAUAACCACGGCAUAGAGUCAGUCAAAGUUCUGCCCAUGUCACUGGCUGAGUUCACAGAAAAGACUGAACAGAAGUUUCAGCAAUAUAAAGUAUUGGAUACGGAUAAUAAAGAUUCUCCAUCUGUGUUGAAGUUUGGGAUGUUCCUUCCAACAAAGUACCAUUUGCUGUUGAACUGUCAUGAGACUAAUGCCAAUGUUUGUGUUUCCAUGGCAACAGAUUUUUAUCCUAUUUUGCCCUAUGUUGAUGCAUUUCUGACAAAACUUUGAUAAACUAUUACAUUUGAACUGGUUAAAAAAAUAAUCAAUGCACACGUUUAAUAGCACAUCAAAUUAUCAAAGGACUAUUACCAAAUAAAUACAAAACUUUUAUCAUGAAAAAAAAUUAUGUGACAGCAAAACUUUGAUAGAUACAGGGCCUGAAAGCUUGUGUAAGUAGAAUCUUGUUCUGCAACAAAUGAGAUAUCUUAUACAUCAGGACAUGUUUAUCACUUUGGAAAGUUGUAUUAAAACGGGUCAGGUUACCGUUUCCAUUUUUCAUCUUGCAUUAUUUGUAUGUACAGUGUAUUUGUAUGAUUGUAUAUGAAAGGGAAGUGCAAUAAAAUUAUUAUUUAUUA